AUGGCGGCUGGCUGUCUUGGCCCGUGUUGCCAGAUAGAGUCGACGUUUUCCAGCCUAAAAGUGUAUAUGGCCUGCCAGUCCAUGUUGAUUGUGUUGGUUGGAUAUACUCCAGAGCAUCGGAUUGAGCAGCACAACGGAGUCUCAUCCAGUCAGCAGGAGCUGCAGCAACACGUCACCUUUACAGAAGAUGCAGAAUCUAUAGUGACGGAGUGGCUUCUUAUCAAGCAACAGGCCUAUAAAGUCGGUCUCGCAGGAUCACUCUUUUUCACUGGGCUCCUGGUCGGGAAUGUUGUUUUUGGACCUCUGUCAGACAAGAUUGGUAGAAGACCCGUUUACCUGACAGGUUUGUUUUUAGAGGUGAUCUUUGGUUAUGUGACAGCCUUGGCGCCCAGCUACGAGGUUUUUGCUACAUCUCGUUUCCUGGUGGGGCUGAUGAACGGUGGCAUUGGCCUCGUCUGCUUUGUCCUCACUCAGGAGUAUGUGGGAAAGUCCUACUGGGCCAUGACUGGAACGCUCACCAGCAUCAUUUUUGCGGUUGGCAUUGUCGUGUUUGGAGCUUUAGGAUACUUCAUCCGGCCAUGGAGGACUCUGGCCACAGUGGCCAACUCUUCUGGAGUCCUGAUUUUUCUACUGUCUGUAACUCUUCCAGAAUCACCUCGAUGGCUGUAUUCUCAGAGUCAAACGGAGCAAGCUGAAGAGGUUUUGCGGUAUAUGGCACUGAGGAAUGGCAACAAUGCCAACAACUUGAUAUUGAAACGCAUUGGUUCACCCAAACCUGGUAACCCUGACAACAGACAGACUGGUGUCCUGCAGCUGGCGAUCCACCCAGUCCUCCGCCUGCGGACGAUGGUACUCAUGUACGUCUGGGCUGGGAGGAGGAAAAGCAUGGCCAGUUUUCUGUGUCUCGCCGGCUGCGCCUGCCUCUGCACCAUGUUUAUCCCUGAAAACACAGGAACUUUGCUGAACAUCACAUCUUUGGCUCUCAUAGGAAAAUUAAUGGUCAGCGCGGCGUUCAACAUCGCCUACGUUUACACGUCUGAACUCUACCCAACCGUGAUCAGAAACGCUGGGCUGGGAGUUUGCUCCAUGUCAUGCAGAGUUGGAGGAAUCCUUGCACCAUUUGUUCCUUCCAUGCGAGCCCUCCACACCUCUAUGCCCUUCACUGUGUUCUGUCUGAGCGGCCUGUCUGCUGGAUGUUUGGGUCUCCUGCUGCCUGAAACCCUCAACAGACCUGCAGCAGAAACUUUGGAGGACCUCAGCAGCCCGAUCCACAGCCGUGUUCUGGAGAGCAAGGCUUUGCUGUAUGACGAUAACAAAUGGAAGUCCAACUAUAAGUGAAGCUUGCUGCC